CGCGCACGCGCUCCUCCUCCUCCUCCGCCAGCGGCCUCGCGCUCGCUCCUCCUCCUCCUCCUCCUAUUCGGGAGCGCGCCUGCAGGGGCAACAGGAGUCAAACCCAGCCGCGCGGCUGAAGGGGAAAGAAGGCGGCGGCUGAGGCGGCGCUAGCGGGGAUUGAGGGAGACUCUCGUCGUCGUCGUCCUCCUCCUCCUCCUCAGCCAUGGCGGAGAGAGGGGCGCUCGGCGGCCAGCGGGGCUCGCUCACGCCUUCGCUGCACCAGCCGGUAUCCAGCGCCUCAGCUUCUUCGGCGUCCCCGGCUGCACAGAGCCUUUCAGGGCAGCCUCCGCCGCCGACGGCGGUGCUACAGCAGCAGCAGCAGCUGGCGCCUCCUCCUGCUCCUCCGGCGGCGGCGGCGCCUUCGUUGUCUCAGCCGGCCGCUCUCGGCCCCGGAGGAGGCUCUCUGGCCCCGGGGGGAGGCGGCUCGGGGGCUCCCGGGUCAGGCGCGGCGGCGGCGACGGCAGGGGGGCGCCCGGUCCAGAUGAACCUUUACGCCACCUGGGAGGUGGACCGGAGCUCGCCCAGCUGCGUGCCCAGAUUGUUCAGCUUGACCUUGAAAAAAUUAAUCAUGCUGAAAGAGAUGGACAAAGAUCUAAAUUCUGUGGUGAUUGCAGUGAAACUGCAGGGUUCAAAAAGGAUUCUGAGGUCCAACGAGAUUGUCUUACCUGUCAGUGGACUUGUGGAAACGGAGCUUCAGUUGACUUUCUCCUUGCAGUAUCCCCACUUCCUGAAGCGAGAUGCCAACAAGCUGCAGAUCAUGUUGCAGCGAAGGAAACGGUACAAAAACAGGACCAUUUUGGGCUACAAAACUCUAGCUGUUGGCCUUAUUAACAUGGCUGAGGUUAUGCAGCAUCCAAGUGAAGGAGCCCUGGUGCUGGGACUCCACAGUAACGUGAAAGAUGUUUCUGUCCCUGUUGCUGAAAUUAAAAUCUAUUCCCUGUCCAGCCAACCAAUAGACCAUGAAGGACUAAAAUCAAAAUUAUCUGAUCGCUCUCCUGACAUUGACAACUAUUCAGAGGAGGAAGAGGAGAGCUUCUCUUCUGAACAGGAGGGGAGUGAUGACCCCCUACAUGGACAGGAUUUGUUUUAUGAAGAGGAGGACCUUAGGAAGGUGAAAAAGACUAGGAGGAAACUGACCUCAGCUUCUGCAAUUACUCGGCAGCCAAAUAUUAAGCAGAAGUUUGUGGCUUUACUGAAGCGGUUCAAGGUAUCGGAUGAGGUCGGCUUUGGACUGGAACAUGUCUCCAGGGAGCAGAUUCGGGAGGUAGAAGAGGAUCUGGAUGAGCUCUAUGAUAGCUUGGAGAUGUACAACCCCAGUGACAGUGGCCCUGAGAUGGAAGAUACAGAGAGCAUCCUCAGCACACCAAAGCCAAAACUCAAGCCUUUCUUUGAGGGAAUGUCACAAUCAAGCUCCCAGACUGAAAUUGGAAGCCUUAACAGCAAAGGGAGCCUCGGCAAGGAUGCCACCAGCCCAAUGGAAGCAUCCAUGGGGGACAAACUGAAACCUGCCCGGAAUAAAAACGCAGAUGACAGUAUCAACGAAGGAGACACACUGGAAGGAAAUGGUCAGGAUACAUUUGGAGACUCAACCACCACCUUGGUCAUCCCAGAAAAAGUCAAGACACCUAUGAAGACCAGCAAGGGAGAUCUUCAGAGCAUGGCAUCACCUAGCAAAAUGGACAGUGCUGCACACACGCCCCGGCAGAAACGCAGCACCCCACUCAAAGAGCGUCAGCUGUCAAAACCCCUCAGUGAAAGAACCAACAGUUCGGACAGUGAAAGGUCACCAGAUCUGGGUCAUAGUACACAGAUUCCUCGCAAGAUUGUUUAUGAUCAGCUGAAUCAAAUCUUGGUGUCAGACUCAGCCCUGCCAGAAAACAUCAUCCUAGUGAAUACUAUUGACUGGCAAGGCCAGUAUGUAGCUGAUCUCCUUCAGGACCAGAAGAAGCCAGUUGUUUGCACAUGCUCCACAAUUGAAGUGCAAGCUGUCCUCUCUGCAAUCCUCACGAGGAUCCAGCGAUACUGCAACUGCAAUUCCUCCAUGCCACGUCCUGUGAAGGUGGUGUCUAUUGGGGGGCAGAGUUAUCUCAGCUCCAUCUUGAGGUUUUUUGUGAAGCAAUUGGCAAACAAGACAUCAGACUGGCUGAGCUAUAUGAAGUUUCUCAUCAUCCCACUAGGUUCUCACCCGGUAGCCAAGUACAUGGGCUCUGUGGAUAGCAGAUACAGUGGUAUGUUUCUUGAUGCCACCUGGCGAGAACUCUUCAGCAAAUCUGAGCCACCUAUGACGGAGCCUUUUGAUGUGGUUGGCCGGAUCAUGCAGUAUGUCAGUGGAGCAAACGUGACCCACCAGCUGCCUGUGGCCGAGGCCAUGCUGACCUGCAAACACAAAUUCCAAGAUGAAGAUUCUUACCAGAAGUUCAUCCCUUUCAUUGGGGUGGUUAAAGUGGGCCUCAUUGAAGACUCGCCUGCGGCUACAGGAGAGGGAGAUGAUUCUCCCAUCAUCAGCCUCACAGUUCCCUCCACUUCUCCCCCUUCUUCCUCUGGGCUUUCCAGAGACGUCACUGCCACCCCUCCAUCAUCUCCCUCUAUGACUAGUGGACUGGCUGUCAUGGGGUCCCCCAAUAGCCCUUAUGGCGAUGUCAUUGGGCUGCAGGUGGAUUAUUGGCUAGUUCAGGCCACGGAAAAAAAGAAGGAAGGGGAGAAGAAGGACGCCAGCUCCAAAAAUACACUCAAGAGUGUCUUCCGCUCGGUGCAGGUGUCACGGCUUCCAAACAGUGGGGAAACCCAGUUGUCUGGGACCAUGGCCAUGACUGUUGUCACCAAAGAGAAGAACAAGAAAGUUCCCACAAUUUUUCUGAGCAAGAAACCCAAAGAGAGAGAAGUAGAUUCCAAGAGCCAAAUGAUUGAUGGAAUCAGCCGGCUGAUCUGCUCUGCAAAACAGCAGCAAACUAUGCUGAAAGUUUCCAUUGAUGGCGUGGAGUGGAGUGACAUCAAGUUUUUCCAGCUAGCUGCCCAGUGGCCAACCCAUGUGAAACACUUCCCUGUCGGACUCUUUGGCUCGAAACCGGCCUGAUGAUGACAACACGGUGGUCCCUCCUGUGUCCUCAUCACUCUGCUGCAAUGCGGCAUCACCUCUGUCCAAACCAUCAGCCAAAUCAGAGCUGUCCUGUGGUAACUUCACCCAUGUUGCAUUACUGUGUGUUGAUCUGGUCUUGCCAGGGAGGGACCAGCCUCUGGUGCCAAGAGAGAUGCUACAUUUUUGUCUCCAGCCAAGGAGCCGCCCGCCAAUUGCUUUCUCAUAUUUUUCUGCCACAUCGUGUCGUGGGUGUCCAGCCUCCAUCUGUGCUGAGUGCAUUUCAUUUUGGGAACGAAUCCCAAAAUAUUUGGAUUCUCCUGGUUUCCCAUCACUCCUGGCGCACACUCCUUCUCUGAGCUGGCAUGCCUGUGUCUUCCUGAAGAAUGUGUUUGAGAACUUGUGGUCCACAAAACUUCGCCUUUAACAAUAUUGUUCUUUUUACAUUUUAGCUUUUGCUGAGCCAACCGAGAGCUUUACUGAGCACCCACUCUCAAAGUUCUCCUUUUCAACCUCAGCCUUUCCAAAAGCACAAAGCUUGCAAAGCCCACAUUGGCUGUUGUGUUAGCAACCAAACUCAACCCCAUCUGGCUCUUGCCAUUAGUAGGCAAGGCCCUUUCUCCUGCCGCCAACCCAUCCUGUGUCACAUUGCUAGGUCAAACAUGCCAGGUUGGUGGAAGGAGCCUCAGCAAUCUUGCGCGGUUGCCACUCCUUGCAAAGAUGAGGAGCAGAAAAGUCAGUUGUAGGGAGCUAGAAGCAGACACUUUUCUUGAACAGGCACACCCACUGCUCUCCCAUGGCUGUGUCCCUUCACUCUUUCAUGUUUGUACUGCUCUUUUCUCACACUUCCCCUCAUCUCACCUUCAAAGUGUUUUUUAAAAGAACUUAGGUCACCUAAGAUACAUUUCCAUUUCUUUGUAAGACUCCGCUUGCUAGAGUGGCAUCACAGUGCAGUGAGGGGUGUGGAAGGUUGUCCACCAUACUGAAGAGUUGGAUAACUUCAUUAGACAGCCUGUCCUGAAACUCACCCUGUUCAUCUGUGUUUGGCAACAGUUCUGAGAGGUGUGUACUCCCAGCCACAUGCCACAGUCAAGAGGAGAGGCUACACCUUGUUCCUCUGCCCUCUUUCUGGCUCCUGAGCCUGCCUUGUGGUGUGAUGCAUCUCAGCACAAGGAGAUACUUUGGGGGGACCUGCUCAACCAUCUGUGCAGUCUACUUGUCACAGCCAUUUAUAAGGCGUGGUUGGGAUCCCAGCAGCAUUCCUUCCCUUUUGGCAUUUCAGUUUUGGGGUUUUUAUUUGAAGUGGCCCCAUGUUGCAGAGUCUCUGGGAACUCUAUGUGCCAUACCAGAAGUAGCAGACUUUGCCAAGCAUUCCUCUUCUGGGCGCUCGCCUUGGCAGGCAAGAGAUCAGCCUUUGCCCUGAGACUUGAAGGGAGCAAGUUGAAUAGCUGCAGGGGUUGGAUGCAUGGCUGAGACCAGAGGUUCCUUGACAGUGAUGCAAAAUAGCUUUACCAACUGCAACAUAGUGAUGCUUAAGGAAGGCUGGAGAAAAGGCUACUUUUGUGUAGUAAGCCUGCACUUCAGAGGGCAGUUUUUGUGUGCUUGAUACGCACUUCUGUCCCUCAAAGACCUUCCCACCUUCCUUCUCCAAGCACUGGCACUCUUGUUUUGUUUUUUUGCUAAGGUAGUAAAACAUGAAAACAAACAGGGGCCCCUGAAGCUGGUAUUGCAGGGGACAAAUGGGAGCCAUCUUGCCUCCUCUCCUAGAGCACUUUGUCAGCAGCUCUGAGGUGCUUCCAGGGAGCUGUGCUGCUUUUUAUCUGUUCCUGACCAGCAAUAAAUCAAACCACCCCUACUGUGGGGUUUGGCAACACAUCAUCAGCCCACAUUAUUGGCUGUUCGAAACGGCUUUGGGGCCAUCAUAAUGCUUAAGCACUUAACUGCUCGUAGCAUACAGUGUGGCUCUGUCAAACAGUGGAGCGUACAAUCCACAUUCAGUCUUUUAGAUGGUUUUUAGAUUUUUGAAUCCACAUAUAUUUUCAGAGGCCCCAAAAAUUCAGCUUAAAGUAACUGUGUGUGUAAGCAGAGUGAAAUUUUGUCUAGCUGGAAGUGGUGAUUCUGGUUUCUAGGCUAUUACAGUGGAAGGGGAAAUGUGGAGGUGGCAGGGAGAGAGCUGGCUUUAUAAAUAACUCUUGAGCAAUCUGCUCUGCUUCCCAGAUUGAAAGAGGAGGACCCAGGCAAGCUCUUUGCCUUCAGGAAGUUUCUCCCCAAGGCCAGUUCUUUUAGGCUUGUCCUUGAGCCACUGCAGCUGUUUCUUGAGAGAGAGAUCCCAAGAAGAAUGACCAUAAGUACCAGCAGCUUUCUUCACCUCAUGCCCCUGGGUGGGGUGUCCCCUCCGAGGCUUAACUGGCAGUGAUCCCCUGGAUCGGAUAGCAUCCCCCUUGUUGUGGAUUCUCGGUGGCAGAUAAAAAAACCUGUACACUUUUUUCCGUUUCCUUCUCUUGGCUCCUGCUGCUGUGGCUAUGUUACAAAUGUGGCUUUUGUACUACUCUGUCCCAAGCAAUGCUCUCAGAGCCACAAAGUGAACUUGAUCUUGUGCUUCUGUCCUAAACACUGCAGCCCCCUGCCUCAAGGAGGAGAUGUCACAGAUAUCUUGGCAUGCUACAUAUUUCCUUUUGAGUUAGAUCUCUCUUUGUGUCCUCCCCACUCAUUGAAUACUGAAUAAACUCCUUGGCUCAAAUGUGAGAAAGGAGGUUCAUAGCGAUAUGUCACUUACCCCAUGGGCUUUGGGGGCAAGUACUGCUUCCUCUGCAUGAAAGGGAGCGGGGUGCCACCCAGAACAUGGGGUAUUUAAAUAAGCACAACUCUGAACAUUUUCUUCCCACUUGCUCUGUAGAAAUGUUUCCUGUCUCAUUUUCAUAUUCAUUUGCCUUCCUCCAUCAGCAAAUGUCACUUCCAGCCCAGUUGCUUCAGGUCAAGGGUCUGAGAGAGCCUCCAAAAGGCAACCCAUUUCCAAGUUGGGAGAAGCAAGGGAGCAGUUUGGCUCCAAGUAGCCAACGUCCAGGAUUCUUUGACACUUUGCCAUGGAAACAUCCACCCUAAUGGGCUUCCAUUUUAAGAUCCCGUUUUUUUAGGUUCGGCCUGUGAAACUUGCGACCUUCCCUAAACUGAGCGGGGUCCACCAGCAGCACAUGGUAGCACACCAGGAGCUCAGUAAGCUUGCUAUUGUUGUUCAGAACUUUAAAAAUGAAGAGAUUGUUGAGCACCUGUCAGGCUACAGUCAGUGGUGGGCAGGUAACAAGCUGUGCAUGUCAAGAACAGGGUGGAACUUACGAGUGGAUGGGAUUCAUUCAGCAGCCAAUCAACUCUGCCUUCACCAUGGUUUAAUUUUCAUGACCUCCUCUUGGUUGCCUUUGGCCAAUCGGAAAUGGAUGUGGGAGAAGGGCAAGUAGUGACAGAAGUCUGUGUCUGUAGCUGCAUCCUGGGCUUCUGUAGAAGUGCACACUAGUGCCCCCACCCACUCCACAAGUCAGAUUGGCGCAGUGUUGACACCGUAUGUGCCCAUCUGUCAGUCAAACCAGCGCAGGACCGCCUCACAUGUGUUGCAUUAUUCUUUGUGGCCUGGCUGUUCAGAUUCAUGCUUUGCAAAGGCGCGCACACACUCUUGCUCUCACAGCUGUGGUCUGGGACAGAGAGGGCUUGUUAAGCUUGGGCUUGUUAGAAUUUGUGAAACCACUUGCAGGACUAGGGGCAGACAGCUGGCUUGGUCCCCCCCCUUUUUCCCUUUAGGUUCUCCACUAUUUAACCUUCCUGCACCCAUAAUGCACAAGGGAGUGGAAGGGAAGUUCAUUCCAAGAAGCAGCUGUCCAGAUAGCUCUGGAAACCAAGUCCUGCAGCUGCUUGCUUUGGAAUGGGUGUGCAUGCAGCAUCCUCCCAGUGCAAAAUGUUGGCACUGUAGGAAGGAUCCUGACACACUAUCCAGUCCCUUGGCUUACCAUCUCCCCUUCUUAAGUGGGUGGCCCUUUCUCUUCCCUGAGGAAUGCAGGUUCAGGAGGCUAAGCUGAAUGGAUGUGCCUCCGAGGAUGGAUGGGCAGGAGUCGCUCCCACAUUAAGCACUUUGUCCUUUGUGCCUAGCGAAAGGUGAAAGUCACAGACUCCUAACAUGGAAGGAAAAUCACCCUGCCUCAGGGACAUGCAGAUGGGCUAGCAACUCCAAGAACCACACACAUCAUAUUCAUUCCCUGAGCAUCAUUUCACUUGGUUCCUCCUUACCCCAAUACCCACCUACCACUCCUGAGCCAGCCCCCACGAAAGAGCCUACCAAAGAGUACACUCUUCCCCAGGGAAUGACACUCCCAGGAAAGAGCCACGGUGGGGAGGCACUGUGCUCCAGGGAGCUCUCCAAGGUCUCUGUUCAUUGCUUCCGUACAGCCUUGCCUCAGGCCUAAUUUCUCAUGUCUCGACUGUUACAGUAAGUGUGUCCAUCUGAGGACCAUUGUGUUUCCUGUUUUUGCUGUGUGGAUUUUGCACAUUCUGGAACUUUUGUCUAUAAAUUCAGAUUAUCUGGAUUUUUGUGUCUGUUAUGUAUCCCAGCCACUGUACAUAAAUAUGAGUUUUGUAUAUAAUCUCAUUUUAUUCUCCUUUCUUUUUGUAAGUGUGUUGAUUCUCUUGGUUUGUACUGCAGGCUCCAAACGAUCCACAUUAAGAAUCUCUGCUUGUUUAAAUUUUGGAGCCUUGUUGGUAUUUGAUGCAUUCUAUCCUUGGCGGGUGGGGUCUGUUGUCUCCCCACUCCCACUCACUAUUUUUGGAGUUUUUCAUUAAAUAAAUUGUGUUUUUUAAAAUAAUA